CUACCUUAAGCCAGGCUGACCACGAUUCUCGGUUGAGUCCUUCAGAUGCCAAUUCUCGGUAUGGCGGCACAGUCAUGCUACUUACUUGGUAUUUUGGUGGAUGGAUAUAAAGGCACCAGUCGAUGCCGGCAAAGUGAGCAGCUUGCUGAUACCAUUGUUGCCAUCCCCUCCUGCGUCAUCCAACUGUACCAGUGAACACUGGCACGCAAGACCACCACGACAAUGAAGUAUCUUACCACCCUCGCAUCUGCUCUCGGCCUCAUGGCCAGCGUCUCCGCCGUGCCCAUCGAGGAGCGUGACGACGUCCAAACCGUCCACCUCACCUUCCACGGCGGCCCAGCCCAAUACACCAUGGCCAUCCCAGCCGACGGCACCGUCUACCCAACCAACAACGACCUCUCAAUCAACCUCAUCGAGGCGCCCGACUACAACGCCUUCUCCCAGUGCAAGUUCCAGACACUGAACCAGGUCGCGCUCGCCAGCAGCAUCUCGCCCGGUGGAGUCAACCAGAUCCUCGUUGGGCCGCCCUCGCCCGUCACGGGCGUCAGCUGCCAGGGCAUGUGCGUGCACACGUACGGCGAGUGCUUCCGCAACGGCCAGUAUGUCGGGCCGUGCUGCUCUGGUUUUUGUGCUGCGAACCGCUGCAGGCCGUGGGUUAAUCCUUCUUGAGGGGUCUGGGAUGGGGUUGGUUGGGUGAUGGUAUAGGGGGGAUGCGAGGUUCAUAUUGUGACUGGGUUUGUUUUUGAGUUUUCGCUGUGGAUUGACCAAGGUACCUGAUCGAAUUGUGGGUUUUCGUUCGGUUGUCUGGAAAAGCCCGGCCCUGGAUGCAACAAACCUAGAGAAUGCAGUAACGAAGGAACAAGCGCUGAGCUGAGCUCUUAUAAAAAGAGCUGGUCAAUACACGCUUUUCCCUCUAAGGACUUUGUAUUGAUGUGGGGGAUUCACAUGAUGCUCUGCUUGUCCAGGCAUCGUGAUCAUUUCUCCCCCCUUUUUGGUGAGAUAUCGAACUCUGAAUCUCUGAAAUACAUGUCGAG